AUGUAUGGCAUGGCAGGUAUGGCUUCCGCACUCGAAUAUACUCCGCGCUCAAGCCCAGGCAGAGUGCCCACCGCGGAUAUCACUCAAUACUUUCUCGGAGACGAGUUGACCAAACUAGCAAGCUUCAUCAGUGGCGCUCCCCCUAAUCUCUUACACGACAUCAUGUCCGCCACGUCGGAAACUAAGCUCAGGAUACUCCUGGCCAAGUUCAGCCCUAUGGAUCCACGAAUCCAACCCAGCGUGUCUAUGCAAGCCACAUGCGCACGCAUCACACGCUGGCUGGAAACCAGCAGUGAAAUCUACGCGAUAAGCAAGGACGUCACUCCCUACGCCUUGUUCCUCUUCCUCAAGGUCAGAAUCCUGAACAGUUUUACAAAUAAACUCCCUACGCACAUCGAGACGGCCAGAUUUGGCGUCGCUGUCAAGAUUGCGUAUGGCAAUCUGUGCGACGGCACAAUGUGGCCUGAAACACUAGAAUCUCUUGUAGGUAUGCCAUUCGACUAUAUCCAAUUCGUCGAGCUCGAGUUUCUGAAAGACUUGGACUGGAAGUCUUGGGUGCGCGAGCUUGACUUUACAGAAUUUUUUGAGAGAUUCAAGAUCGUGUGGGAUGUAUUGCUUGACUAUGACGACGAGACCUUUUGA